AUGGCGACGUUGGGAACACUCCAUACGGGAACUGGUGUUGGCGUUGCAACCUGUGUUACACCUACUUCAACCGAGUGUGACUUUGCCGGUUCGUUUUCGAAAGCCUGGAAGGGCAGGUGCGAAAGAGGCGAGUAUAACGAAGCCGGUGGGAACAUUUCGAGGAGCGCAAGCGCAAUUUCUCGGUUGAGCCCUGACGCCGCGAGCGCGGAUCGUGAAGUGGGCUGGCUCAGAGACGCAGAGGACAAAACGUGUGCGUGGAGUGGAAGAGACGAGAGCCCCACGGCGUCGUUGCUGCAACCUUGUGUGGAAGUAUCGAAGACGAAGCAGAGCGUGAGCGGCGGUAGAGCUGUGAAACUGACGGAAACAGCGUUGCAGACAUCUCGCAUGACAGGGCGCGCACCCGGACGCUUUUGCGAGAGCGCUACGGAGGACAUCGAUUUGAACGACGUUUUGGGUGUGCUUGUCGAUGCGCUUGAUCCAGAUUACAGCUCACCGGGGACAGAGAUAAGCGCUGAUGCUUCAAACUUUGGACAGAUUAGUGAAGUAGCAUUCUCCGUGAGUUCCGCCUCGGACAUGCAUUCUAUCCAUGAGACGGCCCAGAUGGAUGCGCUGCCUAUGCUGCACAUUGGCAUUGGAGACGAGGCGCUUGGCUGUGACGAUCGUUUUAUGCAGACGUGGGACCGUGGAAUCAAGUCCGCACACAAAUCGAGUGAAGCCACAGAAGAUUCGGAUUUGUUGACGAUGAUUGAGCAGCAGUCGGAUCGCAUUCGCCGGCUCGAAUGCGAGCUUGAGAAGUCCCGUUCGGAAGUAGCUGCUCUGCAGCGCAUGCUUGAGAAGUAUCUGAGAGGAGAGUCCGCUUCAACUCCGGACGUGCAUCAUCAUAUUGCUGGUGUAUUCUCCCCGCUUACACCCGCAUACGUUGCGACCUUUGAGCCGAGUAGGAAGUUCUUGGACAAGGAGCGCACUCAGGCCGAGAAGCUUCGCCACAUCGUAUCCGGUAGCGGUUUCACCGCUGGUGUUGGUCAAAGCGGCACCCAGAACCUGAUAAGUGCCCCCACUGCGGCGAUCGACGGGGAGGAUUGCUCUGUAUUCGAGGAUAGCCAGGGGUUCGGCGUGUGCGACCGGCGUCUUCUUCCCGGCAUUGUGGAUGCAGUCGUAUCGAGGAGCAGCAGCGCCCGGAAUUUGGUUGCCCUCGACGAAGGAGCGCAAAUCACUGACUCGGAUAAGCACCAAACUGGGAAAGCCGCGUCGUUCGCGAGUGGAACUACCGGUAACGUUCCCGAGACACGCCUAGGGAAUCAAUGCGCUUUUGCACCAUUCCACGAUGGAACUUUCCUCUUUCCUUCACGCCAGGCGGCUGAGGCCUGUUCUGCAGCACGCGAAGUAUUUGGUCCGGCAGCUGAGGCGCUCGAGAAGAUGAAUUAUCGUCAGCAAAUGGCAGCCGCAGCACGGCAAAGGUCUCGCAGAGAAUUCUCAGAGAUGACUGGCCCAGAGGGAUCCUCCAGUGUCGGCACGAAUGGGGCGCCUUCACUCGCACAAUCUGCAGGAAGCGAGCUGAACCUAACUACGAAGCGCCGCUCGAGGCGGGGUGAACGUCAUGCACGGCCGCUGGGCACUACACGGUAUUGGGCAGACGUGGAACACGAGCUCUUUCUGCUAGGCUGCAAAAAGUUCGGUCCGAAGAAUUUCGCUGCCAUCGCUGGUAUCGUGAAGAGCCGCAGUCCGAAGCAGGUGCGCACGCAUUUACAAAAGUACCAACUCAAGCUCCUGCGCGAAGCUCGCCGCAUGGAAAAAGUGGACGGCGGUGCUGCACUCGCGCAGCUCAAGAACGUGUGCGACAUGGCGUUUACCAAGGCGCAACUGCGUGCACUUGGAGCCGACGAAUCAGUGAUCAGCCAACAGUCCCUGCGGCAUAUUCGCAAAGCGGAGCAACUCCUCCAAAGCAGAAAAAAAGCAGCUACCUCAGCAGCUCUGGGAUCGGAUCACCUGAGCGAAGAGGAGACCGAGUCAUCAUCACCAUCACGAUCAUCAUCGUUAUCGUUAUCGUUGUCUUCGUCGUCUACGGUGCCGACCUGCCCGCCGCCGGGCUCGCCUACUGCCCCAGUACAGCCAGCGUCGGCCGCCAACGCCGAUGCCUCAACCGAAAGCACAUUACCUGUAUCGACAUCGAAUGAUGAGGAGGCGCCUGCAUCCUCCACUGCAUAA